AUGUAUGUCAAGCAGAUUAUCAUCCAGGGCUUCAAAAGCUACAAGGACCAAACGGUCAUCGAGCCAUUCUCUCCCAAGCACAAUGUCAUCGUCGGUCGCAAUGGGUCCGGGAAGAGUAACUUCUUCGCGGCCAUUCGUUUCGUUCUCAGCGAUGCGUACACCCACCUCGGUAGAGAGGAGCGACAGGCCCUCCUGCACGAAGGAUCGGGUUCGGCUGUGAUGUCGGCUUAUGUCGAGAUUAUCUUCGACAACUCGGACGACCGAUUUCCAACAGGCAAACCGGAACUUGUACUUCGACGUACCAUCGGCAUUAAGAAAGACGAAUAUACCUUGGACCGCAAAAAUGCCACCAAAAACGACGUGAUGAACCUCCUCGAGUCCGCCGGUUUCUCCCGCUCAAACCCUUACUACAUUGUCCCUCAGGGUCGUGUUACCGCCCUGACUAACAUGAAAGACUCCGAGCGUCUGGUGCUUCUCAAAGAGGUCGCGGGUACACAGGUGUAUGAGGCCCGCCGUGCCGAGUCUCUCAAGAUCAUGCACGAGACCAACAACAAGCGCACCAAGAUCGACGAGCUCUUGGACUAUAUCAACGAGCGUCUGGCCGAACUCGAAGAGGAAAAGGAUGAGCUCCGAAACUACCAAGAAAAAGACAAGGAACGUCGUUGCUUAGAAUAUACCAUCUAUUCAAGCGAACAGCGGGAGAUUGCACGUGUCCUCGAUAAUCUCGAAGAACAACGACAGAAUGGCGUUGAGGAUGCCGAUAAUAAUCGCGACCAGUUCAUCGAAGGCGAGAAAGCGAUGGCUCAAAUCGAUGCCGAGAUUGCAGAGUGCCGGCAACAGAUUGAGUUCCUUAAGGUGGACAAGUCUCAACUGGAGGAUGAGCGUCGUGAGGCCUCUAAGGCCCUUGCGCAAAUUGAAUUGCAGGCCAAGUCCCUCGUUGACAACCAAUCUGCCGCGCAGGCACUAAAGUCGCGCCAUGAUGCAGAUUUGACAUCGGUGCAAAAUGCCAUUGGAGAACGUGAAGCUGAACUCAAGGAGCUUUUACCCGGUUUCAAUGCCUCCAAGGAUCAAGAAGAUACGGUCAAAGCGCAAUUGACCGAGGCGGAGACGUCUCGCCAGCGUCUGUAUGCAAAGCAGGGCCGGAAUUCGCGAUUCAAGAACAAGUCGGAGCGUGACAAGUGGCUUCAAAUGGAGGUUCGAGAGAGCCACACGUCUAUCUCCACUGUCCAAGGAGUCGUGGCGCAGACGCACGAAGACAUCAAAGAGCUGGAAAGCGAGAUUGCUUCCCUGGAGCCGGAAACCGAGCGCCUUCGGAAGCAGAUCGACGGACAAGGCGACAACGUGCAUUCUGUGGAUCAGCAAAUCCAGAAUGCCAAGGACGAAAGAGACCGGUUAAUGGACCAGAGAAAAGAGGAGGCAAAGCUUGACUCUGUUCUCUCUAAUGCAUCUCAGGAAGUGGACCGCUCAGAACGCAACCUCUCUCAGAUGAUGGACAACAAUACAAGCCGCGGAAUUGCAGCGGUCCGGAGAAUCAAGCGCCAGCACAAUCUCGAGGGCGUUUAUGGCACCCUGGCCGAACUUUUCGAGGUCAAUGACCGUUAUCGGACCGCUGUUGAGGUCACGGCUGGACAAAGCUUGUUCCACUACGUUGUCGACACUGAUGAAACGGCGACAACAGUCCUGGAGCUUCUGCAGAAAGAAAAGGCCGGGCGUGUGACGUUCAUGCCUUUGAAUCGACUUCGUUCCAAACCAGCCAACCUCCCGCGAGCCAGCGAUACCAUCCCCAUGAUCGAUAAAAUGCAGUUUGACCCUGCGUACGAGAGGGCAUUCCAGCACGUUUUCGGCAAGACCAUCAUCUGCCCCAAUUUGCAGGUUGCCUCUCAGUACGCUCGCAGCCACGGCGUCAACGCGAUCACUCCCGAGGGUGACCGAUCAGACAGGCGCGGUGCCCUGACUGGCGGAUUCCACGACUCCCGCCAAUCUCGACUGGACGCUGUCAAGCAACUGGGCAAAUGGAGGGACGAGUACGAAACGAAAAGGAAUCGUGGUGUGGAGAUUCGGAAGGAGCUGGAGAAGCUGGACCAAGUGGUUACGAAGGCUGUCGGCGAACUUCAGAAGCUGGAUCAGCAGAGGCACCAAGUGCAAAACAGCAGUGGACCUUUGCGGCACGAGUACAAAAGCAAGCGGGAUCUCUUUCAGAAAAAGAACGACACCCUCGACGCCAAACGCCGUGCUCUUCGCAACAUCGAAUCAAACCUUGCUUCCUUGAACGAUCAGGUUAACGCUUUCCAGGCUGAGCUGUCUUCGCCAUUCCAGAAGGCUCUGACUAGUGAGGAAGAGGCCCACUUGGAAAAUCUCAGCGGGACCGUCCAAGAUCUUCGACGGCAGUACCAAGAGCUGUCCGCUCAGCGCAGUGAGCUAGAGGCUCGGAAGUCGGUUCUGGAAGUUGAGCUGCGAGAGAACCUCAAUCCUCGCCUUGAUCAGCUGCUGAACCGGGAUAUUGACCUGGCCGAUGACGAGGUACAGGGCAACUUGAAAGAAACCCAACGCGAACAGAAGCGACUGAGUCAGUCGCUAGAGAAGCUGACUGAACGGUUGAACCAAGUAGACUCAUCGAUUGAGGAAGGCAAUGCUCGUGUUGCUGAUCUCCAGCAGCGCAAUGGAGAGACUCGACGGGGCUUGGAAGAUCUGGCUCGAUCAAUUGAGAAACAUCAACGUCGCAUGGAGAAGAGCAUGCAAAAGAAAGCCGCGCUUACGAAGCAGGCAGCAGAAUGCGCUGCCAAUAUUCGUGACCUCGGUGUACUGCCGGACGAGGCUUUCACCAAGUAUAAGAACGCGGAAUCCAACACUGUCGUGAAGAAGCUGCACAAGAUUAACGAGGCGCUGAAGAAGUACUCUCAUGUCAACAAAAAGGCGUUUGAGCAGUACAACAGUUUCACCAAGCAGCGAGAGACUCUGACCACUCGCCGUGAAGAACUGGAUGCUUCUCAGAAUUCCAUCGACGACCUCAUCUCGGUGCUGGACCAACGAAAGGAUGAGGCCAUUGAACGGACGUUCAAGCAGGUUUCCCGCGAAUUUGCCAACGUGUUUGAAAGGCUUGUUCCCGCCGGCCGUGGCCGCCUGAUCAUCCAGCGCAAGACGGAUCGCACCCUGCGACCUGAGGACGAGGUCGACUCCGACGACGAAGAAGCGCGGCAGAGCGUUGAGAACUACGUUGGUGUGGGUAUCAGUGUGAGCUUCAAUAGCAAGCAUGAUGAGCAACAGCGCAUUCAACAACUCAGUGGUGGACAAAAGAGUCUCUGCGCUCUUGCGCUCGUCUUCGCCAUCCAAGCCUGCGACCCAGCGCCUUUCUAUCUGUUCGAUGAGAUUGAUGCCAACCUGGAUGCGCAAUACCGAACGGCAGUGGCGCAGAUGCUCCAGUCCAUCUCCGACUCCACCAACGGCCAGUUCAUCUGCACCACGUUCCGACCGGAGAUGCUGCAUGUGGCAGAGAAGUGCUACGGCGUUAGCUUCCGACAGAAGGCCAGUACUAUCGACGUGGUGUCGCGCGAGGAGGCGCUCAAGUUUGUGGAGGAGCAGAAGACGUGA